AUGACCUUAAAUUGUGGCUCUGCUGUUUCUGUAGAACUGAGAGCGGCGUCCUCAUCCAUAUCUGUGUGGAGUAUCAGGUCUGACUGUGUUCAGUCUGGAUCUGCUCUGAGGGAGUGUGCAACAUCCGAUACCUCUUACUCCAUCCUGAAUCUCACCUGUUCAGAUCUGCUGCUUCAGCCCAACAUCUCUGGGUCCUCCUCUGUGGACGGGGUCUCCGAGGCCCAGCAGCAAGGGUUUCACGUGUUAAGGGGCUCCGCCUUCAACAUCAGCUGCUCCGUCCAGCCACAGUACCCAGGAGGCUCCUUCCGGCUCGCCUUCACCUCCUCCAGCUCAGCACUCAACUACACCAAGCCAGCUGUCAAUCACUCCGCCCACUUCCUGUUUCCUGCCGCAGAGCCCGCCCACCAAGGAAACUACCGCUGUGUUUAUCACGUCUAUGUUUUUUCUCACAACUUCUUCUCUGAGAGCCGUCCGAUCUCUCUCACCGUCGCAGAUCUAAGGCCUUUUAUCAUCAGAGCGAUCAUCCUGCCGCUGAUUCUGCUGUUGGCGAACAUUGCCCUUUACUUCUACUAUAAGGCCAAAAGGGGGCAGAGGCCAGGCAGACGUGAGAAGGCUGAGCCGGAUUAUUAUAACCUGGGUGUUCCUGCAACUGAAGGAGGGCCGACUGAAGAGGAAGGAGCUCGGGGAGCAGAGCAGCACCUCCAAGGAGCUCAUCUCACAUCCAGAUGGAUUUAUAACACACAACCCAGCAGCAGGUCAUUUUAG